GGACAUGAAUUAUAUGAGGAGAUUUGAAGCUACUUUAGAAGCUUGAAAAUGGCACAGAUUGCUAAGAUAUCAAAGCAAGUGCAGCUCAAGUCUUCUGGUCACAAGUUCUAUGAGUUUUUCAAGAACAAUAUGGACUAUAUCUUUGUGCAAAUGUUUCCUGAAAUUUACCAGAGUGGUAAGGUUGUGGAAGGAAAUGGUUUUUCUCAUGGAAGCGUCAUCCACUUAAAAUAUAAUGCAGGGAAGCCAGAAGAGGUAAAAGAGAGGAUAGCUAUUGAUGAUGCUAACAAAUCAAUAACUUUUGAGUGCCUUGAAGGAGAUUUAUUCAGAGAUUUUGAAUUGAUGAAAUUGAAAAUUCAAGUUUUUGAGAAUGGUAGCAAUGGAAGCUCAGUUAAUUGGUCUGUAGAAUUUGUGAAGGCAAAUGAAGAUGUGGCUACACCACAUCACUAUCUCCUAUGUUUAAGUAAAGUUAGCAAAGGCCUUGAUGAUUAUCUUUGCAAUAACUGAGCUAAAAACCAUCCAACUUGGCUUGGUUAUUGAAAUAUGAUCUAAAUAAAUUACCUCCUUAUCUCUAUUGUUAUUGUUAUCAUAUGUGUACUUUGAAGCUUAAGUUGGAAGAAAUAAUAAUGGUGAUGGUGCCAUAUUCUACUUUU